AUGACUGUGCUUCCCCGUCCGUCCUUGUCCUCCGACGCAUUGUACUUGUCCUUAGCGUCUGGAGCCCCCACAACCCCCAAGGACUUCGUGCACUGGUCAGUGCACUCGCACAAGGCCUCGUUUGCACUGUCAAGUGACACGACCGAAGUGACGUUUCUGCAGGCGGGGAUGUACCACGUUCAAGUGACCGGGGAGAGCCCCAACUGGUCGGGGGGGCUGGGGCUGUGGCUGAGACUGAACGGCGCGUACGUGGCCCUGACGUCGUUCCAUCAGCAGGGCGACACAAGCUGCUUCGCCCAGCGCCUCUUCUGCCCCAAGGGAACCACGCUCAAGGUGUACUCGAGUCUCGCGGCACCCAUCCUUAUCGGGGCGACCUUGUCGGCCGUGCUCAUUGGGGCAUCCCCCUAA